UGGGGCUGCAUUUAAAGGCUACACCGAUCUUUGAAAAAUGUUUGCAAAUUGAGCACCUGCCAGUAAUUCGUUACUUUUUUGCGCGCCGCAUGGCUACUCGCUGCUAAACAAAAGUGCGCCUCAUAGUCCAGUGCGCCUUAUAUGAUCUACAAAGUUGCGAAAUUUGCCAACUCCCAGGGGAUGCGCCUAAUAGUCCGGUGCUCCAUAUGAUCGUGAAAUUACUGUAACUUUCAACCUCAUUGUUGUUAUAAUUUAUCUCCAUUUCUAAUUCGAAAGUUCUCUAUUGUAACUUUUUACAAUAGUCUCUGGUGUUACUUCCCUCCAGUAGAGUACAGCAUCUCAAUUGCAUCAAGAAGGGUCAGCAUAAACUCCUUAUUACUUUCUACACAGUCAACAAGUUUCUUGAUAAAACAGUGCCGGUACUUAACCUUCAGACUUCUGAUAAUCCUUUCUUCCAUAACUAUACAUGAAGGAAGGAAAGAACACUGGAGGAAAGAACACUAAUUUGACAGUGUUCAGGUUCUGUGUGAGGUGGGAGAGUCAACAAGAAUCGGCAUUGCUGUGCUUGAAAUCUGUUAUCAAGUUUAUGCAUCCACUGUUCAAAGAUUCCUGAAGUCACGCACGUCCUAUCAUUUGCUUCAUAAUUCACUGGCAGCGACUUCACAUCUUUGAAAGAGCACGGAUUUUUGCUUUUUCCUAUAAUGAGCAGAGGGAGUUUCUCAGAGCCAGCCAUAUUUGUACACUACAUCACUACAGUGACGCUCUCUUUGCUUUUUUUACCUACAGAGCAAGUUUCCCCUUUAAAUGCAAAAGUGUUAUGUGGUAACAUCUGAUACAACAACUUAGUCUCCUGUAUGAAAAACACAUUUUUUGGCUGAUAAUAAUUUAAAUAUAUAUAUAUAUAUAUAAGGAAGCACAUUUUGGUACCAAAGAGUUGGAGCACCCACUGCAAGAGCAGCAGCUGCUUCUACAGGCUCAGCUCUGAAAACUAACCAUACCUCGACUUGAAACGAUCGAGCCAGCCAUUGCUGCAUACAAAAUCAUAGUGUCCAAGCUUCUGGGCAAAAGCAUUCGCCUUGAGGCUCAACAUAUGGCCAUUGACAUUCAAGCACUGUACCAUUUCAUUAAUGCCUCCUCCAGGUCGGCAUAAAAAGCAGUCAUCAGUCUUUUCCUUUUAGGAUCAAACUGUAAGGUUUCAAAGGCUUCCAAAAAAACUUUUUCCUUAUUCUUCAUAAUCUAAGACAGGGAGUUCCUCUUGAUGCCAUACUUGGCUGCAACGUCCGCUUUUUUCUUGCCGCUCUCCACAGCGCUUAUGAUGUCAAUUUUCUCCUCGAUAGAUAUGCUCUUUUUCAUCCUCACUGGGGGUUCGGGCAGAGCCUCUGCCAUGGCACCGAGUAGCGUCUCCCAAGCGCGCCCAUCCGCGCCCACAGCCAGGCAGGCUCCUUCUCUGCCGCUCCGGUUGCUUUCUCAGCCGGCAGCCGGAUCUCACGGGCACGGCACUUGGCGGAGCUGGAGCAAUCUCCCGGGCGGUGCUGGCGGUGGUUGCCAUGGCUGUGACCAUAGACAUGACGGCCUAGAGGGGCCGCCGCCGUCAUCCUCUUUCCGGCCCGGCGCUUCCGGCUCCUACUGCUACCGGAGAAGGAAGAAAAUAAAGCUUGAGAGGGUCGCUGGCGACGCCCCGCCUGAUCUCCUCCGUCCACGUUUCCCUCCCUACGUCCUGCCCUCCCGUCUCCUGCAGCACGACGCUCCCGGGGCCGCAGCGGCGCCGCCGGCAGGUAUGUCAGAACACAGCAGUGAAUCCACAACACUUGAUGAAUCUCAUCCAUCUGCAGAAGAGGUCCAGUCUGGCUCUGAGGAAAGUGCAAUGGCUCAAGAAUCUCCCAAAAAUUCAGCGGCAGAAAUUCCUGUGACUAGCAAUGGACAGCUGGAAGAUUCUCAUGAGUACAACUUUAACAGGAACUUGAAAUGUUCAUUACCAGUUGGACUUGGACUUUCUGAAACCAAAAUAACAUCUCAUGGCUUUGAUGGUGCCAAAGAGGGAGUUGUUGAGGCAGGACAGUUUCCAAGAAAAGAUUCCUCAGCAUCACCCACAUCGUCUGUUGUAUCUCUUAGCAGUGCAGCAGCUAGCAGACUGGCUGGGCAAGGGGGCAGAGCUCAGCAGAAGAGUGGACCUGUUGUGUUAGCAGAUGAAGUAAAGAAUCCAGCGAUGGAAAAACUGGAAUUGGUGAGAAAGUGGAGCCUGAACACUUACAAGUGUACACGUCAGAUCAUCUCUGAAAAACUGGGUCGUGGCUCAAGAACAGUAGACUUGGAACUAGAAGCUCAGAUAGAUAGAUUGAAAGACAACAAAAAAAAAUAUGAAAAUAUCUUGAGACUGGCACAGACACUGUCCACGCAACUGUUCCAGAUGGUACAUACCCAAAGGCAACUUGGAGAUGCAUUCGCUGACCUGAGUUUGAAAUCAUUGGAACUUCAUGAGGAGUUUGGCUACAAUGCAGAUACGCAGAAACUUCUUGCUAAAAAUGGAGAAACACUUCUUGGGGCUAUUAACUUUUUUAUUGCCAGUGUGAAUACAUUGGUGAAUAAAACAAUUGAGGAUACGUUGUUGACUGUGAAACAGUACGAAAGUGCCAGGGUUGAAUACGAUGCUUAUCGAACAGACCUGGAAGAGCUGAAUCUUGGCCCUCGUGAUGCAAACACUCUACCAAAGAUUGAACAAUCACAGCAACUGUUUCAAGUGCAUAAAGAGAAAUAUGACAAAAUGCGUAAUGAUGUAUCUAUCAAAUUGAAAUUUUUGGAAGAAAAUAAGGUGAAAGUAUUGCACAAUCAGCUUGUUCUGUUCCACAAUGCCAUUGCUGCGUACUUUGCUGGCAAUCAAAAGCAGCUUGAACAGACACUUAAACAGUUCCACAUCAAAUUGAAAACUCCUGGUGCAGAUGCCCCAUCCUGGCUUGAAGAACAGUAAUCAGAGCAUAGAAGAGGACCCAAUGUUAACCUAAAAUUCUUUAAAUCUGAGAAUAAUUAAGGGUUGGGUUGAAGGACUGUUGUACUGAUUCUUGAACAGACAGCUUUAAAUUUUUUCCCCUUUUAUAAUACUGAAUUUAUAAAACUGAAUUUGAUAGGAAAGUGGGUGACUUUAAGGUAACUAAAGUAAUUUCUGUCAUUUCAAAUAUAGAGCACUCCUUUUCUAUGUAAAGGUUAGUAGUUUUUUCUGUAACUGGGAUAGGGGAGGGAAGGAGGGAGGUGAAACAAAACUACUAUAGAUUUGCACUGACAAAUGAUGCUUGUGAUAUCUGGUGUUUUGGUGGCUAGUCAAAAUAUUUCCAAAUGGAGGUUUACAUGAUUUGUACCAACAUCUGGUAUUUUCUAGAUGAAUACAGAAAACACCUUUAGUAAUUUUCAUAUAACUUUAAAAAAAAGGAGAAAGUCAAAAGACUAUUUUGCAGAUGAAUAAUAUAAGGGCUAUAUGUGGUAUCUGCAUAUAAGGCAACAGUAGCAGAUGGUUCAUUGACAAGUGGAAUUGCAGCAAAUACCUGUUUUUAAAAUGUACCUUUCCAUCAAAGGGCUAAAAAAAACAAAGAAAAAACACUAAAGCAAGAAUCACUGUCAGUCUGAGGCUUCUGAGCCUGAUUUUGCUUUGCACCAAGUGGUUUGCUGAGCGAGGCCAACCAUUAAAUUUACUAAUUUCAUUUAAAAUAUUUAUUUCUCUAUGAAACAAAUACCAUACUAGCCUUAAAUCACAGGUAUGUGCCUUUUUAUAAGAUCAUAUUUUCCACCAGUGUACAUAAUCUAAGAACCCUUUCAUGUAAUAGUUUGUCAGUUCCCAACAAGGGGAAGAUGACUCUCUAAAUGCAUUGCCAUUGUACACUUAGAGCAAGUUAAAGCUUUAGUUAAACUUCAUGGACAGGUAUGAUUUUGAGAGGAAAUUGACCUAGUAUGUUUUUUGUUUAAUUGAAAAGCAUACUUCAGUAAUGGUGGUGAAAUGGAGGACACUUUUUAAUUUCUUCAUCAUUUCUGUAGUCUUUAAAUGUAAAAUUAUACGUCAUUUUUAUCACAGACAUUUUAAAUUCAAUAUAUUGGGGUCCUCAUUUCACAUUAUGUUGCUUUAUGUUAAGUAAAAUGAAAUGCUUCAAAUAUGUUAUUUACAACUGUGUGGAUUGUAUGAUUUAUGUACUGUACAUUCAAACAACUUUCAGCUGACAUUCUUAAAGUUUUCAGUGCUUAACACAACUGUAAUGUAACUGUAAAUCAAACUUUUUAAUCAUUCCUCAUUAAAUUCGUGGCUUGACAGAGCCUUCUUUAUGUUUUUGUUCUGUCGGAAUCUCUUGUAAUAGCUCAAUUACGUUCCCUAGAAUGUAUAUCUUACGUGAAUUUUGUAUUCCUAUUAAACAUGUUUGCAGUCAAACUUU